AUAGUUCGUUUAAUAGCUGAAGAGGAGGAGGAAGUGACUGCUGCCGAAGAGGAAGAACCUAAAGGGAAAAUGUCUCUCUUAUCAGCAAGGAAGAUUCUGAAACACACCUCACAUAAGGAACAGAGUAGGAAACAUGGAAAACAUCGUCCUUAUUCUAAAAGUAGCAGUUCAAGCAGUUCAUCUAGCAAUGAAUCAUGGGACUUGUACAACAGCAAGAAACAACGACAGCAACAACAGGACCCCAGGCAAAUGCACAGACAGGAGAAGCAUUACCAAAAUAAACACGAAAGGCAAAACCAAGGCAGAAAGAGGAGCAGCAGCAGCAGCAGUGAAGAAAGUAGUAACAGCAGCAGCAACAGCAGCAGCAGCAGCAACGAAAGCAGCAACAGACGCUCUAGUUCUUCAUCAAGCUCUUCUGCUGAGGAUCAGAGGAAGAAGCACCAGUCAGUCUCACACAAUGUACACCAACCUAAUAGGGAACAACAACAAAAGCAAUCCAAACACAGAAAGCAGCAGAGCAGCAGCAGUUCUAGCAGCAGCAGUUCUAGCAGCAGCAGCGGCAGUUCUAGCAGCAGCAGCAGUAGCAGUUCCAGCAACAGCCAAAGAAGAGGCAGCAGGUGGCAUCACAGCAGUGCAGACCAGCAGCAGGGUUCUUCCUCAAUGGAUGUAUUCAGCUACAGCUUCAAGUCAACACAUAAACAGAAGACAUCUAGGAGUCAAAGUUCAGCACCAAGGCAGCAAUUUUCUUCUAGCAGCAGUUCCAGCAGCAGUUCCAGCAGCAGCAGCAGCAGCAGUUCCAGCAGCAGCAGCAGCAGCUCCAGCAACAGUAGCAGCAGCAGCAGCAGCAGCAGCUCUUCCAGUAGCCAGUCAUCCCAACAGAUUCAAUUCCUAGGAGACCGUACAACACCUAUAGUUGUGGUUGUUGUUCGGGCUAAGAGAAGUGAUGGCAAACAGCAAGGCUACCAAAUUGCUGCUUAUGCAGACCUCAAAGGA